AUGUCGACCGCCGAGCUCGCCAGCGCGUACGCCGCUCUCAUCCUUGCCGACGAUGGCAUUGAUAUCACUGCCGACAAGCUGAACACCCUGAUCAAGGCCGCCGGUGUCCCCGACGUCGAGCCCAUCUGGGCCACUCUCUUCGCUAAGGCUCUCGAGGGCAAGGAUGUGAAGGACAUGCUCCUGAACGUCGGCUCUGGAGGUGGUGCCGCAGCCGCCCCUGCUGCUGGUGGUGCUCCCGCAGCUGGUGGUGCCGCCGAGGCUGCCCCAGCUGAGGAGGAAAAGAAAGAAGAGGAGAAGGAGGAGUCGGACGAAGACAUGGGCUUCGGUCUCUUCGACUAA